AUGGGUAGUUGUUUAGGACAUUGCCAUCUAAGUGGAGAAAAUUUCAGAUUCAUAUCAGCAAUAACGAACGUGACAAAUAAAAACAACGAUAAUUCUGAAUUAAGAUUGGAAUUAUUAGAUGAUGAAUGGUCAAUAUUAGAAGAAGACGAGGAUGAGUAUUUAAAAAGUUUGGAUUGCAAGUAUUCUAAUCAAUAUACACCAGCAUCUAUAAAUUCUUUAGAGUUAGAAUGGGAACAUUUACCUGAAAUGACUGUUUUUUCUACGAAUAUAGAAAAAGAAGAGCCUAAAAGUGUAACAAGUGCUGAAGUUUGGUCGAGAAUUUCUUCCGCUGAUUCUCUAGAGUGGGAUCAUGCCCAGGGUGAAACAAUAGAAAUGAAAGAUGAUAUGGAUACUGAAACGGAACAACUUUUACAAGAAAUAGAAAUGUUAACGACAAAAACACUUCAACAAACUAAUGAUUGGACCAGCUGA